CGUGGACAACUGGACAUAUUAUAUUCUUCUCUCCCGUCGAGCCUGAACGAUCGGACACUCGGCCUCAAGUCCAAAGAUUUUCUCGGAGAAUUUCGCCAAACAGCAUGGAGUCAUGCCCUUCCAUAAAAAAUAUCCUGCUUUUGGAUUCUGAAGGGAAACGUGUCGCUGUUAAGUAUUACUCAGAUGACUGGCCCACAAAUAGUGCAAAGGAAGCAUUUGAGAAAGCUGUAUUUACCAAGACCCAAAAGACAAAUGCACGGACAGAAGCGGAGAUAGGAAUGUUUGAGAACAACAUCGUUGUUUACAAGUUUGUUCAAGACCUUCACUUUUUUGUUACUGGGGGCGAAGAUGAAAACGAGCUCAUCUUAGCCACUGUUCUUCAGGGAUUUUUUGAUGCAGUUGGCCUUCUUCUCAGAGGUAAUGUGGACAAGAAGGAGGCACUAGAAAACUUGGAUCUCAUUCUGUUAUGCCUCGAUGAGAUUGUUGAUGGCGGUAUUAUUCUUGAGACAGAUGCAAAUGUCAUAGCAGGGAAGGUUGCAAGUAAUAGCAUAGAUGCUGGAGCUCCUUUGUCUGAGCAGACAAUAAGUCAAGCAUUAGCCACCGCACGUGAACAUCUAACAAGAUCCCUUCUUAAGUAAUGAAUCUUUUUUUUUUUUUCGGGGGUGGGGGGUGUUUUCCGAGCCGGGUUUUUUUUUUGAAUGGACAGAAACUCAAAAAGAAAAUGCAUAUUAUAUCCGAUGAAUCAUUCAUUUUAUGAUUUUUUUUUUUUGGUUAACUUUUUUUCUCCAUAUGUCUUUUUAUUGGUAGUCAAGGAACAUGCAAGCUUUGAUUUAAAAAAAUUAAAUAAAUAGAGUUUGAAUGUUA